UUGUCAAAUGUAUUCACACAUCAUUGAAUCCACGCGCUCUCCGAAACCCUUAUUAUAAUCAGAUCAUUAAUGCCCAUCCACUUAUCCCACAACACAAUUUGAUAAUGAUAUUCGUGUUGUCGUGGUAACUUCAAAGCUUCACGGUGUAUAAAACCCAAAGAGAUCCGUUUUGGUGAGAGCUUCGUCUUAAACAUCAUCGGCACGAUGAAACCCUCGGACACGAGCGGCUCCAAAACCAACACCAGAUUCCUUCUAAAUGCCAUCUCUGAAGAUAAGAUCCACCUCACUAGGUUUAUUUUAGAUGCUUUAGACGGAAAAAUUAUUGACUCGAAGACAGAAGGGACGCAGACGCCUCUCAUAUCUGCCGUGUUUCUUCAGGAUCAGCAGGCGAGGAGCAAGUUCAUGGAUCUUCUGUUGCAGAGGGGCGCGAACGUGAACUGCCCAGAUGAGAGCGGCCGUACGGCGCUGAGUUAUGCCUGUGAGAUGGGACACCUGGACGCUGUGAAGAUCCUGGUGAAAAACAAUGCCGACCCCGAGGUGGCAGACCGCUGGGGAAAUACGGCCCUCAUGUUCGCCGCCGCGGCUGGACAUUCCGCGAUCGUGGAGUUUUUGACACGAGCCUUUAAACGUUUGGGUCUCCAAGUAGACCGGCAAAACAAAGUAGGAAAUUCUGCGGUCGAAGUGGCCAAGUAUCUCGGACACACCGAAUGUUUACGAGCUCUCGGAAGUAACUUCAGAAAGGUUCGUGAUGACGGCGUGAAUGAACAACUAUCCACUGUGAACAUCCAUGACGAUAAAGAGAAGUUCUUCGAAUCUUUAAAAUUUCACCACAGAGAGAUCCAGCCGACUGCACGAGGAGAAACUUCAGCCGAAGACGAGGCGCGACUUCCUGUCGGUUUAGGUCGUAAAAGAUCCCUCGUUUUACGAAACCGAAUCCAGUCGAUGGACUCCAUUGAGGAAUAUGAGAAGGAGAGCGAUGUUUUAUUACCGUCAUUAUCAUCGCAAGGCCUCGUGACCCCAAAACAUACUCCAAGGUUUUUUCCAAUCCCCAAACAAAGAGAAGAAACGUCCACCAUCGAUCCUUUGCCGCUGUUGUUCAGAGGCCCAGAACACAGAAACCCAGUCUUUUACUCACCCAGACCCUUCAAAACUUCCUUGAGAAGUGGUGUGUCUCCAUCAGGUCCCCUUGGCAUUUUGUUGACUCCUAUAAGUGGCAGAGAGGAACGAGAUAAUAUUUGGAAAGCUAAGAAAUUGCCUUUUGAUUUGCCCGUCAGACGGUUUGAUGAGAAUUACUAUCAGAAGAGAUGCAGUUUACCGACCAGCACUCUCGCUCCGCCGGUCACAGAGCGCCUGUUGUCUUUGUGCAGAAGCAAAACGCUGUUGAAAAGCCCAGCAACUGCUCAAACCCUUCAGCCCGCAGAUUUCACUCAGACCGCCAGCACCGUAACUUCACUCAGUAGUAAGCUGUUGAGAAGAUUUACUUUUCCCGACUUUAAAAAGAUCAGCAAAGAGUCCCAGGAGGUUCACGCAACACAGAUGGGAGCUUGUGCCGGACGCGGUAUCCCGAGGUCAGAGACUUUUCCCCUCGCAAACGACCACCCUCAAGUCGCGAGUAAACCGAGCGUAGACAGCAUCAGUGCUGUGAAGUGCGAGUUUGAUUUUCACAUUAAAACUGCGUCAAACUUCUGACCACGUGCUGCAGGGCGGGACGAGAGAUCUGCAGUCUGAUGAGAUGCGUACCAAAGCGCAAGCGCACAAACCUUUACAAUAUAUCAUGUUAUUAUUGUAUGAUAUUCAUAUUUUAUGGUACAUUAAUACAAAUAGAGACAUUUUACAUACUUUUCAUUGCGGCUAGUUGUUUUUUCUAGUUUAGACAUUUGGUUUGUUUUCUUAAAAGCUGUAGAUGAAAAUGCA